AUGCUCAUUCUCCUCAGAUCCCAAGCAAUGGUGUCUGGAAAAGGCACGGCACCAUCUAACCCAGGAGAAGUGACCUCCAACGCUGCAACCGAGGCCAGCCCGUCGACGCCACCGUCCCCUUCGGUGAGCCCGGUCCCGACGGCAAACGGUUCUGUGGUGGGCUCCACUACCGGGCGAGUGACCGAGCAGUCGGAGUCUUCCACGUCAUCUGCACCCCCCCAACCAGAGCAGGCACCGAUUCUGGCCGACACGGCGGACAACAUGGGCGCAACGGACUUCCAACAAAAGAAACCGGUGAGGUUGCCUCAAGCACCCAGGCCUUCUCCGGCGUUCCCGUCUCCCCCUUUGGGACAGGUAGAGGUCUUGGUCGCGAUGGCAGGCCAAAAGGACGGGGUCGGCUUGCAAGAGACGGACAUGCCGGGGGCGACUCGAUACCCCCCGCUGUCUUCACCGUCCUCGUCGCGACUAUCAAACCGGGUAGUGGCAAUGGAGAUGGUACGGAAGAACGACACGACCGACGUGCAAGACACGGAGGAGCCGGCGGGGCCUUUUCGUUCACCCCCGACGCCCCCGCUUGCAUCGUCAUCCUCGUCUUCCCUGUCCUCUCCGUCGGGCCAAGCGAUCUCUCUACCCGAGGCCGCCAUCGGGGGAGUUGCUAUGGGGGUGGUACGGAAGAACGACGCGACCGGCGNCAACACCUGUCGUUUUCCUGCGAACGUCGAUAACGCUAACGCAAAAAACCUAUGA